AUGGAUUUUGAAUCACUCAUCUCGGGCAAUCAUCAAAGCGGAUUUCUAGACGAAAUAGCUUUACUGAAGAAAGGAGUUAUUACAAAAGACACCCCCAAGCACACAUACCGAAGAUUAAGUGCUGAGCCACUUGGUGGCCCGGUCGACGAGGAGGGACCCAUCACCAUGGCAGAGCUGAACACAAGAGGGCUACGGCUCAGCAAGGAUCGUGUUAUUUAUAGCGUACCGGAAGGAACUCUGGAAGCAAUUAACAAAAUCAAUAACCCCACACCACGACUAAGCGACUCAUCAAGCAGACGACAUAGCAGCGGUCCAAGAUCAUCGUCCACCCCAUCUCAACCUAGUUCAAUUGGUCAAAUGACAAAUGGUAGUGGGACGUCUAUUCAGGCGUGCAUUGACCCAGGCUCAAAUUCAAAAGAGUUUUAUGUAGGAAAUCCUGGCGAGAAUGCCAGGUUGAAGAUAAGCCAUCUCAAAGAUGGCUACAGCUACAAAUUAAGUAUAAUGGACGACGUCUGCCUAUUGCAAAAGACUAGUAAGGUAAGCUGGCUUGAUAGAACACAAUGCUACUAUGUUGGAAAAGCCGUUAAAUGA